AUGGCCAGAGGCGGUGUUUCCGAACCCAGAGGUGCUCCAUUCUAUGGAGUGACAUGCGGUCAAUUCCUCUACUAUUGUCGUCGAUACUCGCGCGACAAGUGGCAUAUCAAGGCGCUGGUCGAGUAUAGUCUGUCCCUAUUAUGCCUAUCACAUCUGGCACUGUGGGUCUUAAAUGCUACAUACAGCUACGAAGAUAUUCAUAUUAUGACAUUCGUCUGGUCAGUACUUGCAAACACGUGGUAUCGGCCAGUCAUCGUUGUUGCCACGAUUUUCGGGUUUUCUGAUUUGUCUGGAAAUGAGGUCCUCCUUGCAGUCAUGUCAUGUGGUGUGCCAUUUAUGUUUCCCUUUGCAUUCAUAUCUCUUAUCUAUCUGUUUUGGGUCAGCAUCUGGGUUUGCACGGAGAGGUUGCUCAACAGGCUUACGUUCAUCAUAGUGAACCGCGCGCUCAUGACUACAAUUCUACAACUCGGGCAAUUCAUCACUUAUUGCGCUUUCUUCCCGGACGUUUUCGUAUGGAUCAUCUUUCAUUCAGCUGCCGCGAAAGGUAUGUAUGCCGUUUCUUGUCUCCAACUUGUCUGA